AUGUCGUCGCCGCGCCGUCCAGGAAGGCGCUCCACCGACCCCUCCGGUCCCUCUUCUCUCGCGCCUCCUUCCGCCCGUUCUCUCACGCCUCAGCAGCUUGUUUUCCUUCUUCAGCAACAGGCGCUGGACCCUCAGAGUCUUCAACGCCUUCGCUCGCUUCCGGAGUUCUCGCUGGGCACGGCUCUCGCUGCGUCGCCCUCGCCUGGGGCCGUCUCUUCUCUCCCGUCUGUCUCUUCCCUUCCGUCUCGGCUCCCCGUCUCUCCUGGUUCGACUUCUCCCGCGGCCUCUCGCUCGUCUCCCGUGUCUCCCGCGUCGCCCGCGUCCCCGCACUUUCUUGCUCAGUUUUCAGAGCGCUUGGCGACGGCCGCCGCGACCUCUGGAGGCCCGGAGCGAAGCCAAGAGCCUCUCGGAGCGUCUCUCGCCGACCCCUUCCCGCCCUUGCGCCCCACGCCUCCCGGACAGCUGCAGCCAACUCCGGCUCCUCGCCCCGCCUCUGUUCCUGCGGUGGCGGGACUCGCUUCUGUUUCGCCUCGCCCGUGUCCGCGACCUCCCGCGCUGCCUGCUUUCUCGUCGCCUUCCCGUGCGGCGUCGCCUCUCCAGAUAGACAGCCCUCGACCGGCGACUCAGCCGGCCGCAGGCCUACCGCGCGAGGAGCUGUUGCGGCUGUUCCUCGUAACUCGCGAGAAAAACCUUUCCCUCCAGAGACCGGAGCGGGGCCACCCCGCGGCAGGUGGAGACAGUGAACCAGCCCAAGUCUCGUCGUCUUCGCUUCCUCGGGAACUUCCUGCCUUCUUGCCCUCGGCGCUGCUCCGACCCGCGCCGCCGUCGCCGUCCUCCAAGUCCGCGCCGCUCGCGUCCCUGGGUUCGCCCUCGCGAGGCGGGGCCCCGGAGAGCUCCGAGCCUCUGGCCGAGGCGGCUCGCAAGCGCAUGGAGUCGGACCUUGUGACAUCUGGAGCAAUCACUCCUGCUCAGCUCCUGUCGCUCGUGACGGAGCGUCUCUCCUCUUCUCUCUUCGCGAACGUCCACGCCUCUCCCUCUGCAGCGUCUCCAGCGCCGCGGCUUCCUGCGUCUCUUCCGUCUCCCGCCUCGCCGCAGGUGUCUCCUUGCGGCCCGCCCGCUGUCUCUGGAGUCCGGCAUUCUUCCCCUGCAGUCUCGCCUCCUGUCUCCGGUGCAGAGACUGACGUGGGGCGAUCCAGCGACGGCCCCUCCACAGAGGACUCACCAGCAGUCUCUGGGCCCGGAACCGAGAAGCCUCCAGCGCCGGCCGGUGCCGCUGGACAGGAGGAACGACAGAGACACGCCUCGGCGCUCCCUGCUCUCGAAAACCAGACCUCUAGAAAGGUGACUGGAGAAGCAGAGAACGGUGCGAAAGAAACAACACGGGGAAGCCUACAAGGCGACGGAGAGGGUCCAGCAGUACCGAAGCAAGACGAACAACACUUCACAGAGAAGGAACACACGGAGAAAGUGACCCGGAAAAAAGACAAGGAAGAGGUGGAGGCAGAGAAGGAAGAGAUGGAGGCAGAGAAGGAAGAGAUGGAGGCAGAGAAGGAAGAGGCGGAGGCAGAGAAGGAAGAGGCGGAGGCAGAGAAGGAAGGGGUGGAGGCAGAGAAAGACGGAGAGAGAAAAGCAGAGAACAACGAGCAAGAGGCCGCGACAGGGACAGAGGCUGAUCGCGAGAAGGUGACAGGGGAAGAGGGGGGAGAAAAGGACUGUGACGCGCCAGAGCACGUUGAGGACCAAGCGUCGCCUGAAGCAGGCAGACGUGUGGAGGGCGUCGCCGCAUGUUCCAUUUGUGGCCAGAAGGGGCUGACGGAGGAGAAUCCAAUCGUCUGCUGUCGCACGUGCCGGGUGGCGGCUCACCUGUUUUGUCUUCCGUCGCACCUUCUUCAUCUUGCGUACGCGGCUUUCAAGAGAGGCGGGCGGCAGGCUGGUCUGUCUGGCCGCGCAGGAAAGUUCUCGACUGCCGCGCGCGCCGCCGAGGAGAGGCCCGAAGACGCACGGCCGCAGCCUCAGGAAGACCAGGGCGGCGCGGUAGGCGCGGCAGGGACAGGAGGACCAAAUUCCAGAGGAGACGGCACGGGCUCUGGCGAAGGCCCGCAGUCGCCGGAGGAUGGGCUCUCGUUCUCCGACUUCAUUUCGGCGGUCUUCUCCGCCCCUGUUCAUGCAGUGGAGAAACGCGAAUCUGAGGGCUCUUCCGCGUGGCGCGUGCGGGAUCGCUACUUGAAGCUCUUCCAGUGUACGAGUUGCGCGUUUCUUCAGUUGAAAGGCCAUCGCCAGGAAGAGAAGACUUCUCCCUCUCCGGCUCUCCACAGCCACUUCCACACCCUGUCGGCAGCUCGAGGGGUCGGGGUUGGAGACGGCCAGGCUCGUCCCUCUUCGCCGCCACCUUCGCCCGCGUCGCCCUCCAGUCCCUGCGCGGCCUCAUCUGGGUCCUCGUCCGCUUUUCCUUCUCUUUGUGGUGAUUUCCCGUUUUUUUCGGCCGUGGAGGGCACAGGUCGGGUAGGCCAGAGAGAAGAGGCGUUGCGGUGCGUUUUGUGCGGGAGAGAAGGCGGCAUUUUCGAGCAUUUUUUCCCGGACGAAAGCCGAGCGACCCCGCCUGUCCACAGCUCGUGCGCGAUCUACACAAAGGCUCAGCUGGUGCCCGACCCCGUUGCGGAGUUUUUCGAACGAAGAGAACGCACAAAAAGAAGCGAAAGCGCCCGCGGCGUCUCUGUGUCUGCAUCGACGCGCGAGGACGACAGCGCGGAUGCCUCUGGGGCCUUCUAUGGGGCGGAAGCCAGCGCGGACGUGCAGACUUCGUCUGGGGCGACGGAGCGAGAAGGGGGCGGCGAAAGAGCGGCGAAGAAAGACGGCGACCGUGGCAAAAAUGAGACAGAGAGGGAGAUACACGCGGGGGCUGAGCAGCUUCUGGAGAAAGCCGAGAGCGACGACCGAACGGUCGAACCGUCUCCUGCCUCUCGAGGGCUGUCGACCAGUCAAGUCUCCGAACUUUUAUUUCUCUCCGGUCUCAACUGCUGGUCAUGUUCGCUCUGCGCCUCUGGACUCGCAACUCCUUCCUGUCGCAGUUUGAUUCGAGAGGCGCCGUCGCUAGCUUCGUCGUCUCCAUCUCUCGCCCGUGCACCUUCGGGACUCGACGCAGAGGCUUCAGGGGGCGUGGCCGCCGCCUCAGACGACAAAUCGACAGAAACGCAGGCCGCGCCAGAGACUGCGAACGACUCAGCAACUUCUCUCGGAUCCGCAGAUUCCGGAGAGUCCAGCGCGCCGUCAAGCGACGCUCGCCCCUCUCUUUCUGCUGUUUCAGCUUCUCUCUCUUCUCUGCGUCCGUCUGGUUCCUCGGCGGAGGCUGCUGCGCCGCCGCUCUUCAGAGGCUUCCCGCUCGCCUGCGCGUAUCCCGGCUGCAAGGCCCGCGUGCAUGCGUCCUGCGCCCAAGAGAAAGGGGCACUCAUUCAAGAGAUGUUGCUCCUCUAUUCGCGGGAGAAAGACAAGGGACGACGUUUUUCUGAGAAUCGAGAGGAGGCCGGUCUGGAAGAGCUGCGAGGCGAGAGAGGACGGGCUGGGGCGUUUGCGCUUGGCUGCGGCGGCCACAGGCGACGGGAGGUCCAAAGAAGCCGAAGCGAAGAGAGAGACAUGGAACCCCCACGAGACAGGGACGAGGACGACGGAGGCGAGAGCCGGUGCGCGGACGACGGCGCAGCAGGGAAUGAAAAAGAGAACGCGACCCCCAGUCUUUGCAGCCGGUGCCGCACAUCGUCUCCGGGCUCGGAUUCUGCUCAAACGAAGAAGCGGAAACGCGACUUCGUGCCUCUGCCGCCGGCGUCGCAAUGGAGCUCUUCAGGCCGACGGCUGUGGGGCGGGCACAUCUGGCGAGCGGUGCUGUGUGAGGCUCACGCAGAUUCGACCUCGCUCGCCGUCGCCAGGCGGGCUGCAGUCCCCGGUUUGUGUCGCCGCCUUGUCUCCUCUUUGAAGCGUCGACAGCCUGUCGAGUCGGCGACGGGGACGUCCCGCGCUGACGCUGGCGAGCUCGCGUGGGUCUCGGCCGCGGGGCGCGCGGGGCCGGCUGGGGGGGAAACGCAGUUGGGAGGCCCCGCGGAGCCAGGAAGAGAACAGCCAGACAGGCGAGAGCGCGCUGGAGUCGCGCAGCAAGGCGCUGCCCCGGCGCGAAGCGCAGAGGCUGGAGACCCCACGGCCGUCGCGGCUCGUGGCGCGGCGCGCGACGCGAGGGACCAGCGCGGAGUGGCCAGAGCAGGCGACACAGAAGGAGGCAGAGAGAACGGAGAGCCGAGAGGCGACUCAAGGCCGGGCGCGACGAGUGAAGAACCCGCGCGGGGGUGGGCGGAGAGAGCGCGAGUGCGAGAGAGCGACGGUCCGUCGAUGUCUCCGAACCCUCCAACACAACCGGACAUUGCUUUCUUGCCGCCGAUGGACGCGUGGCCUAACCCGGGGCCCAGUCUCUUCCAGCCGCACUCGCCUCGUCCGUCUUCGCGCUCUUCCGGUUCGCCUGCGUCUUCGAGGUCGCGAUCUCCGCAGCUGCCGUCCAGUUCGCGGACCUCAGACAGUCCCUUCCCGCAGUCGCCCUCGUUGCCACUGCGAGGCCCCGCACAGUCUCCAGCGUCUUCGCGGUCUUCGCGCGUGACCGCCGACGCAGGCGGGCCAGCGCCCGACACGGGCGCCGCGGGAAACACGAACGUGCACGCGGCGGCCACGCGUGGGACCACGCUCCAGUGGCACCGUUUUGAUGUGCGUUUCAAGCGCGUCGUUUUCGGCGUCUUCGCCCCCCAACUCCUGCGCCUGACUCCUCCCGGAGAACGCGGCAAGGCGGUGGCUGCCGGCGAGCAUCUUCGCCGUCUCCUCUUCGACUCCGACGAUGCUGCCUCCUCGCCGUCCUCCGCGCACUCCUUGACCGCCUCGCCUUCGCACCUGCCCUCGUCCGCUUCGCUGCUCCCAUCUCCACUGUCUCCUCAGGCGGCUGUGGAGUCUCUCCCCGCUCGCCCCAGCCCCCCGGGGCCCGGCUCGUGUCUUCACACCCCGGCCUCGCCGGCCCUGGCUUUGCUGGACAGUCCGGGGUUAGGGGCGCUCGAGGAGCCAGGUCUCGCCGGCAACUGCGUGCCUGAGUUGCCCCCUUGGAGCUCUCAAGUCCUCAGUUCAGAAAGCGGACCUGUCUCGGGUUUUGAACCGGAGUCCCCCGGAAUGCAUGCGGAGACGUCGUGGGGAGCGUCCCCUCGACUGCGUGUCGCCCCUCCUGCUCACGCUGCUUGUCCGUUCUCGCUCUCCACGUCUGUCUCGGGUGCACCUUCCUUUUCGUCUCUCUUCCGGCAGUCCGCAGGUGGAAUGCCCUCGCCGGACUUGCGGGUCCAGCUUCGUUGGCCAGCGAGUUUGCCGCUCUCUGGCUCUUUCAGCUUCUUCGAGACCUUUCUGCUGCCUUUCUACAUCCGCGUUUGCGCCCGCGAGAACGCGUGGGACGAGGAAGAAGACGCGAGACUUCUCCCUCCGCCCUGCGCGCUUCCCGCCCUGACAGACUCCGUGUGCCUGGUGUCUCCGCCGGAAGAAGAUGCGGCGGAGGCUGCGGGCCUCUCGCCUUCGCGUUCGCCUCCUGGCUCGCCAGCAGGAAGAAAGGCGUUGCCAGCGGGAACCCCUCGGGAGGGCGGCCUUCUCUCUCACCGCACCAGUUUCCAAGCGAGUCUGGAGACAGGGGCCAGUGGACGCGGUCGCGCGCAAGAAGGCCGGGAGAGACGCGAGAAAUUUGCCGCACGGGCAUGCAGUCGACGCAGCAGUGGGGCGAGCACGAAGGGCCAUUCUCUCGGGGACGAGGGCGCGAAGCAGGCAGAUCGAACAGGGGACAGCUCGGGAAGGCUGGCGCUCCUCUCGUCUUCGGGGCGAAGCGGAACCCGAGGGAGACGCUCGCGGAAAGGGACGCCUGGAGGCUGGCUGGGCGACGAAGGGAGAGACAGGGAAGACGGGAGUUUUUCGCUGGCGUCUUCUCCCUCCUCGUCUUUUGAAGGGCGGAAAGGGCGACACUCUGUGGCAGCGCAAGGCAGUGCCGGAGAGGCCGAUGGAUCAGGUGUGGGGAGAGACAGCGAAGACGCAGAGGCGCCAGGCCCGACGCCUCCAAAAGCGGACGGCGCACAGCUGGGAGCGCCCUGCGACCGCGACGCGGUCCCUGCGUCUCCGAAAGGAUCGCGAGACCCGUCCCUGUCUUCUCGGAGAGAGAGAAAGGCGGCCGAGGAGGUUGCCGUGGAAACCAGCGGGGGGCGUCUCCCCGCUGCUUCGUGCGGCGAGGGCGAAGACGAGAGGCGCGAGAGCAAGCGAAAGGCGUGCGUGCUUACCUUGCUGGAUUUUGGCGGCGUCCAGGCGUACGCGUCCUUGAAGGUUUCUGCCGAAUCGCGAGAGGAAGCGGCCAGAAAGCGCCGCGCGGAACGCGACCUCAUCCAGCAGUACCGGGCCUCGCUGUCUCUUCUGGCCUCUCCCUCGUUGCCGCAUCUCCUGCCGUCCGUGUUCUCCGCUGCCGGCUCAGCGGGCGCAGAAAAAGGAAAAGGCGCCUCCACGGGGACGCCGUCCCUCUCCCCUGCCGCUCUCUCGACGCAGGUUGAGAAGCUGCUCAGCUUCUACGAGGACCUCCUGAGCACAGAAGAGGAAGCCGCGAGAGAAAGCGCUGGCGACGCCGACGCGGCAGGCGAAGACACCGACGCGGGUGUGGGGCGAGGAAACGUGCAGAAGGACGGAAAACCAGAGAUGCGGGACGUGCACGCGGGAGAAACCGCCGGAGAGAGCAAACACCCCCAGAGAGAGGAGCGCGAGCGGACAACACGCGAAACCCAACAAACGGUGACUCUCGACGAAGUUUUGCCCCUCGCGCCUUACCCAGCGGCCUUCCUCAAGCUCCGGCCUCUUUCGCUCUCGUUCACCGCGCCGUCUGCGCUCCCGUCGCCCUCCUCAUGUGCGCAUGAGGCGCCUGUCGUGUCUUCUCUCGUGCUUCCAGCCUCUUCCCGCCUCGCCGGCUCGCCGAACGCCGCGCCCGCAGAUGAGUCGUCCUCGCUCGCGGUUUCGUGUGCCCUGAAAAUCGACUUCGGGAGCGUCCACAACACCCUCCCACUGCGGCGGGCGCAGGAGCAGAGAGACAGGGCGCAGGAAGAGACGGCGAGCGGCGACUCCAACUCGGAACGCGCCCCGGCAGACACGCGGGAUGCGCAGCGUUUGACCGAUCCGGAAUGCCAGCGUGCCUCGGCGCUCCCACAAGACGCCCACCCAGACCGCCCGGGAAUCCCUUCUGUGCAUUCGUCGCCUUUGCAUUCUUCGCCUGUUGCGUCUUCUGUUCCGUCCUCGGCGUGCUGCCCCGACGGCCAGCUGGCCUCUCGCGCUGGGGGCGGGUGUGCGGCCGCGUCCGCUUCAGUGGACUCCACAGUCUCUCUUGCGGUGCCCUUCGUCUCUGGAGAAGCGAAGCGGGAGCGGUUUCCUUUCGCCAAGGGCGGGUCGGCCUCGACGGCUCUGGUGUCUCCAAAGCCCCGCGGGGGCCUUCCCCUCGUCGCUGGCAACGUGGCUCUUCUUCCUCCAUCUUCCGCCGUCGCAGCUGCGCUCGCAGGCGCGGCGGCGCUCCGGGAUCUGGAUGCGUCUUUCGCCCCUUUUUCGUUUUCUUCUUACUCCUUUGCGGAUCCGUCCCUGUCGGACCCUCACGAAGGGGUGCGCCUGUCCUUCGCUGCUGAAGUGUUCAACCGGCGGAUCACGCGCCUCGCUUGCGAUAUGAGUGAACGGCUGCGGCGGGACGCGCUCGCUGCGUCCGCCUCGCGUGCGCUCAAGAGGUCGGGGGACGACGCGUCGCCGCUCGAGGAAAGCCCGGAAGAGGACGAAACCCUGCUCAUUGAGUGCAACUACGUGGCAACGUACAUCGCAGCCGCGCUCCUCGAGAGGCAGCUGUCGGCGCACAAAGACGUGCUCGUCGACAGACUCGAGAAGGAAGUCCUGUACAGUCCGGCGCGCAUCUCGGACCGCGUCGAGGAACAACAGGUGAUCCUCAGGCACUACUUUAGUCGACUGAGGUGGUCCGCUCUCGUCGACGCAGUCCGCAGAGGCUACCGCGACUACUGCGGUGCAUCCUGCCAGGGCUCCUGCUGCCUCGCCUGCUCGGCCUCGCUCCGGGGCGCGCAGCUUCGGCGCGCCGCGGAAGCACAAAGACCUCACGGGAACCCAGGGCGCAACUGGGACUGUGGACGACCCGAAAUCGCUGGUGAGGUCGCGCACGCACGGGCGCUCUGGGGUGCUCAGCACUGGGGACCGGACGGACCAGGCUCGCGGGGUCGUCGGCGAGGAGGCUGUUCGGUCUUUUGCAGUGGCGGGGCUUCAUCCCCUGGAACGUCUGCAGCCGCGGGCGAGGCCGACGGCGGGAGGAGUCGCGGCGACGGACGGCGCCGCGCGUUUCGAGAGGACGAAGGGCGGAGAGAAGGCGACCAGAGCGAGCGAGAGGACGCGAGCCAGCGGCGCGUGGGUGAGACGCGAGCGCGUUCGGCGUCCCCUGUGGACGCUCCACUGUCUUCCUACUGCUCAGUCUGCUGGACCUCGACGCAAGACCACAUCAACCGCCUGCUCCAGUGUACGUGCUGCAGAGUGACUGUUCACCGGUACUGCUACGCUGUCUGUUGCUCGCCGCUGACGCAGGCGUCGCCGCGACCUGGCACCUCGUCCGCGUUUGGGCCCGUCGCCGAUGCCACGCAGAGCCACGACGCCAAGACCGCCGGCCCUGCGGCCCUCGGUGGACCCCACACUGUCUCCACUGUCCCCUUCCAGGGCCCGUUCAGCCAGCGCGGCGCUGCGCCCGCGCCGAACGUGGUCGCAGCGUCGAUUGCCGCGGGGGGCGGAGACGACUGGCUAUGCUCGCGGUGUGAAAAGGAGAGACGCCUCUUUGGGCUUCAGCAGCAGAGACAGAACUUCGUUUGCGCCUCGGCGGUCUGCUGCAUCUGUGGACGGGCGGGCGGCGCGCUGAAGUCUGCGGUGUUCUUCGAGCGACUUACCCCGCGUAAGCCACGCCGGGGACGCGCACACGGCCCCCGCGAAACCGAGAAGGAACAAAGCGGAGACACGAAACUCGCGCGUGUGGACGGAGACACGUGCAGCGAUGAAGACCACCGCCGGAGCCGGUCCAGGAAGGCCGGGGAGCGCGGCGAGAGAGAAGGCGGCCUGGACGAGGACCGCCGCAGUGAGAAGAGGCGGCGGGGAAGUGCGGGGAGUGGUCGUGGGCCGAAACCGAGGGAGAAGAAGGAAGAAAAAGAAAGGAAAGGUCCGACCGCCUCUGCCCAGAGAGAGACGUCGCCAGGCAACUCGGAGAUGCGCCGGAACGGACACGAGGAUCGGGCAACGGGUGUCCAGGAAGAACAUGCGAAGCCGGGCCCUUGCAGGGGUGCACAGGGAGGCGUGCAACGGGACGACUCUCUCGACAGCCUUCUGUCGCGAUCUUCGUCGCCGGAUCUCUCUGUUUCGCCCGCGGUCUUCACCUCUCCGACGAGAGCGUCUCGCCCGUGCGGCACGCGCCGCGCGAGACCCGAAGAGUGGCGACGCGUCGACCGAGGCGACAUGGUCCACGUCAUGUGCGCUCUGUGGAUGAUGCCGUACACGCGGUGUCUAGACACUGAGUGCCUCGAGCCCUGGGACUUGUCGGGCUUGCGCCGCCAGAAGAAGCGGGAAGCUGCGCGCUGCAUGCGGCGCUCGAAAGACGCGCUGCGAGAGGUGCGGGAGACUUCCAGGGGGCCGCGGGGUUGCGCAGAGCAGCACGGAGACAGCGGAGACAGGAAACGCAAGAGGGCGGAGGCGAGGGAGGUGGAGAGGGACGGGCACACGGCAGCGAGAGACCAGGCAGCAACCGGGGGCGAAGGCAAAGUGGCACAGAGUCCAGACGGCCGAGACAACGGAGCGAAGAAGCUGCGAACCGGUGGAUCGGGCGCCUCCCCUGGGCGACGGCGCGGGGCUGACGAAGGCCUUGAAAACGCUCCGCCACUCUCAGUCGUCUCCUCUGUCUCAGGAGGAGGCGUUCCCUCUCCUGAGACGCCCGCGUUCUUCCCAGACCCAGCUCCCGCCGGCAAACUCCCAUAUUAUGAGACCUCGAACGGUCCUCCGCCAACCCGUCCCUCUUCCAUGUCCCUUGAGGAUCGGGAAGGCGUCGACGACGCCGCGUCUCCCCCCGCCUCGCCAGGGGCUUUUGUGCCGAGUUCGGCGCUGUGUGGGUAUUCGGGUGGCCCGGAUCCGCUUCGCUCUGCCAGAGACCCGUGGGCCGCGCCUGCGCCCGAGAGCCCCAGCUGUAUCGUCUGCGGCAUGCAGGAGGGGUUCCUGAAGAGGUGCGCCUGCCGCGCGUGCGCCUCCGGUUUCUUCCAUCCUCUCUGCGCGUGGCUGAACGCGUUUCCAGUCUUCACCGUCCUCGCCCCUUCUCCACGGACGCACAGGCUGCUCCCGUGGGCCGCGCGGCGCGCGCGCGCGAGCCGAAACGGGAAGGAAGAGGAAGGGAGGGCCGUGGAGACAGUGGAGACGCGGGGCGAAGAGCACCACGACCCGGGGGAAGAUCUUUAUCUCCCUGGCGGGGUGCCGUAUCGCGCUGAAAGCCUGGACGACGUCUCGCCGCCGGAUUCGUCGGAGGAGGAGGAAGAAGAGAUCGCCUGGAUGUCCUCGUCUCUUUCGUCCGCGGCGCUCGCUCUCUCUGCCUCUCACGAAGGCAAAGACGUUGACAGCGGCGGAGGAAGCGCCGACCUGCUGGUUCCGUCGAAAGCUGCGUCGCGCGCCCUGUCUGGAGACGACGCGCGACAAGGCCGAGCAGCGGAAGCAGUGCCUCUCUCUUCUUUUGGAAAAAGCGAAGAAGAGAGAAAGCGCUGGAAGGCUGGAUCGGCGCGAGACGGCGCGCGUCUCAGCGCGCAACGAGGGCGUGCGCCUUCUGGCGAGGAGAAAACUCGAGACGCGUCGAAACGGCAAACCAGUCGCUGGGGACCUCUCUGGGAAGAUUUCCUCAUGAAGCGCCUCGUCGUCCACGUCUGGUGCCCUCAACACGCCCAUCUCGCCCCGCACGCGCGGGCUAGGGACCAAGCCGAACAGAUGCACUACCGGCUUCUCCGUCUUUCCCUUUCGCAACCCGAAGGCUUCUCGUAUCGGUCGAUGCUCGUCUGUACACCGGACGCUUCCUCUAUGUUGCCGCGCGCUGGCGACGCUUUUGCUUCCCCAGCGCUCCCCUUCUCGGAGUCUCCAAAUGCCCUGUUCCCGCCAGACCCCUCGCCUCCUGCGCUGCAUGCGCUCCGAGGCGACGCUGACGGCUUCGGUGUCGCUCACGGCGCCGACGACUCGGAGUCUCACCUGGGAGGCCGCGCUGGCGGGAAGGUGGGAAAGAAUCUCAGCGCAUGCAAGAAGCGCCGGAAGGCCGGGGGCGCCAGCCCUCUCCCGGCGGCGUUUUCGAAUUUUUCUCACGAGAGUCUCGCGCCGUGGCAAUCGCCCGGAGUUCGGUUUCCGCCAAAGCUUAGGCCAGGCGCCGACGGAGUCGACAAGAAAGGAUUUCCCGCGCCGGGGUCUGCUGUGGCUGCUCUGCCGCCUCUUGCGCCCUGUGGAGCGGGAAGCGAUGCCGGGGCGCCAGCUGGGGUGUCUGGGCACCUGGAAAGCGUGGGAGGGGAAGCCGGCAGUGACGGGUUCGGAGCCCGAGACGGCGCCGGCGGGUGUGGAGACUCUGAGGCAAUCGGCUUCAGCUCGGGAGGCCGAAGAGACGAGACAGACUGCGAGAGAGGGGCGGGGGCGAAUCGCCGGACGCCCUUCCCGUGGCUCGAGAGACAGUCCGCGGAAGACCAUGCGAUUGCGGAAGGGCGGAGCGACGACGCGAGAGAAGAAAGUGAAGAAUGGGAUCCCCUGCCUCCAGAUCACUACCCACCCGGUGUGUGUACGGUUUGUCUCGAGCAAGACGAGCUGUCCAGCGCCGUCGAUUGGCAACUGUCGGCCGAGCAGAGUGGGAAGCACGGGGAGAAUCGCGAACAAGUAAAGGCGAGGAAAGAAAGCGACCGGACUCCUUCCGUGCUGGAGACAGGCGCGGAGACAGCGGUUCUUCCACGCGUGGUGAAAAGGUCGAAAAGAAAAGUCUUCUCUUGUCGAGGAUGUGGGGUUUGCGUGCAUCGCGACUGCUACGGUGGACGCGGUUUCCGCGUCGCUUCACUCGGAGCGAAGACAGCUGGGGAGACUUCCGAAGUCGCGGGUCUCUCCGCCUCGCUCUCUGCUGGCUCCUCUGCUGCGCAUUCGUCACCUCGAGCAGGAGGAGCGGAAAACGAAAGGCUGGAUCUGAACUCGGUGAACGCUGAGGACUCGUCAGCGAGGAACACGCAGACGGUGGAUGAACGCGAAAACGAAGAUCCGCAUCCCCUGUGCGAGGAGGAGGGCAAGGAGACAACGAAAGGCAAAGAGAGCCGAAUCUCGACCUGCACUGCCGUCGCCGGGACGUUCCUCUGCGAUGUGUGUGCUUGGGGGUCCAGACCUCGUGAGGUAUCGUGCUUGCUGUGCCCGCGCCGUGGUGGCGCGCUGAAAGCGAUCCAACCCCUCGACUCUGCCGCCGCGUGGCGCAGCUCCGCUCUCUCUUCUGCGUUGCUGUGUCGCUGGAGGCGGCCGCUGUAUGUACACAUGUUCUGCGCCCUGCUCUCGCCGUUUCCCCCGGUGAAAAUUGCGAGAAACCGCGCACUGUCUCCAGUGUGGGGCGUGGAUCUCCUCGCGGCGGCUCUGAAGGCGAAGACGGACGUUGUCCUUUCCGUCCUCGCGACGGCGAAACGCAAACAAGAGGCGGGCGGAAGGGCCAAGCGAGAACGCGGCGGCAAGGGGGAGGUUCACAGGUUGGCUGUCUCUGGAGCAGCGGCGCCGGAGACAGUGAAACCACAGCCCAAAGUCGGCGAAGUGAAGCGAGAAGAACCAGCGAACGCCCCGUCCGCGUCGUCCCUGGUGUCGGCGGAUGCGGAUCUGCGAACACAAGGCGCGAAGCCCUGGGGUGGAGCGAAACAAGACCGCGACAGCGGUGUGAAGGACCAAACUCAGAGAGCGAUCAAGCGGGAGAACGCUGCCGAGGCGAGCGGAGCGCCGAGCCAAGACGUGGCGAUGCUUCAGGACGUAGGACUGUCCUGUGCGUUUUGCUGCCGCGUCGGAGGUCUCCUGAUUCAGUGCUCGUUUCGCCAUCCCGAGCGCGCGACUGGCGGGGUUUCUGCGCCGCCGGCUUUUCUGCCGUCUCGGGGCUGUCGCUUUCCUUCCCUCGCACACCGCGAGAACCUGAAGCGAGAAAUCGAUGCGGGAGAAGACGCGGAAAUCGAGACAAGAAAAAAACCGUGCCCGGUCUUGACUCUCUUCGAAGGAAAGAAAAAAGAUCCGCAGCGCUGCGCAACGCGCUUCCAUCCUCUCUGUGCGUACCAGCGCGGCGUGCACGUCUCCUGGUGUGUCACUGAGGAAUGCAGAGCAUUCCUUUUCUGCCGCGAGCAUUCGGAGCACCUCCAGAAACUGCCGUCUCCUGUCUCCCGCCUGCUUGACGUCUACCGUCUGCUACUUCAGCACCGAGCUCUGCUGCACGACAUGGUACACAUAGAGGAAGACUACAAACAUCUUCUUGACGUCGAGGAAGAAUUAAAACAGCAAGAGGCGCUUCAAAUCCAACUGCUCGAUCUAUCGAAACGCCAGGAAAAUCAGAAACAUCUCCAGAUGCAAAAGACGCAGCGAAGAACUUCAAAGAAAAAGACGCCCUCAACCUAA